AUGCCCCCUCUGCAUGGCACUCUGACUAAAGCGGAAGCCCUGGAGUACGUGUGGAGCAUCUUGCAGGGCGUGGAGGAGGAGCAGCAGCAGGAGGAGGAGUUCAGGGGAUUUGAGCUGAGGGAGGUGCACAAGGCCAGGAUGGCGAUGUUCAGGCUGGAGCGCAGAGCCACCGCCUGCAAGGAGGCCCUGAGGGUGGCGCUCCAGAGGAUACGUGGAGGCUCCUCCGUGCCGCCGGCCUCCGCCCAGGCUGUGGCGGUGUCGCGCAGCGCUCGCUCUCGCUACGGCCUGCGCCCGCGCGAGAGGAAAGUCUACACAGAGGUGGAGGAGCCCCAGGACGACGACUUCUUCUUCUGCGAGCUGUGCAGGGAUUUCUACCUGGGGGAGUGCUCCGUGCACGGCCCGCCAGAGUUCAUCGCGGACGCGGCCGUGGCCCCGGGAGUGGCCAACAGGGCCCGGCUCAGCCUGCCCCAGGGCCUCACCGUCGGCGCCUCCUCCAUCGCCGGCGCCGGCCUCGGGGUGUGGAGCAACAGGAAGAAGCUGCCCAAGGGGGUGAUGUUUGGGCCCUACCAGGGAGAGGUGUCUGAGGAGAACCCCAUGAGCGAGUACUGCUGGCUGAUUUACAAAAACAAAAAGGAUCGUGAAUAUGUUGAUGCUCAGGAUGAAUCUAAGUCAAACUGGAUGAGGUUCGUCAACUGCGCGAGGAAUGAGCAGGAGCAGAACCUGGUGGCCUUCCAGCACCGGGGGCAGAUUUACUACCGCACGUUCCGUGCCGUGGGGCCCGGCUCUGAGCUGCUGGUCUGGUACGGCGAGGAGUUCGCCCAGGAGCUGGGCAUCGCCUGCGAGGCCGGGCCCUCGCGACGCCGCAGCAGGAGCAGCAGCAACGAGAUGGCUCCCAGGGCCACCGCCAGAGACCUGCAGCCCAUGCAGCCUCCUACAAGCGAGGAACACUGUGGAGUGGGUGUGGAGGUGACAAGGCUGCCGUGUCCUGUCUGCAACCGUCAGUUCAUCUGCCGCUCGAGUCUACAGUAUCACGUGCAGAGCAGACACCCCACUAAGCCCAGUAACAAAAGUCAUCAGUGUGACCAAUGUCCAUUCAGCACAGACUACAAGUGUAGCUUGAAGAUGCACCAGAGAACACACACGGGAGAGAAGCGGUUCAAGUGCACCGUGUGUGAGAAGGCGUUUUCACAACUACCAAAUCUUCACAGCCACCAGAGAACACACACGGGAGAGAAGCCGCAGCAGCAGCAGGAGAUGGGCGACUUCCGAGACAUCAGAGGCUUCUUCACCAAGGCCGAGUGGAGCGAUCUGGCCGAGUGCGAGAAGCGGCGCUACAGGAACAUCAAGCAGAACCACGCCGUCCUGCUGAACCUCGAAUCAACAUCACGCGUUUAA